CAUUAUCGACGGAAUGGUAGUCAGCAGGUGGGAAGGCCCAUCAUCAUCUCUUGUCACUCAAAAGGCCAAAACCCAAGUUGGAUGAGGCUUUGGUCUGACCUACGACUUGGCUAUAACAACUCUCCGUUCCAGUGAACAUGUUGGGAUUGAUAAAAGCCACGCCAUGCCAAGUUAGAGCAAAAAUUAGCUUCCACUCGUCUCUACAAAUACCACUCUUUUAUCUUUCACAAUUUUUCGUUCUUUUCUUUCCCUUGAUUCUAUAGUCCAAAGUCUGCUAGCCAUGGCUUAUUAUGCAAAUUGUCUGGAAGUUUCAGACGAAUGUCCCAUCUCCGCGACGGCAUACGGAUAUGCGCCAUCAAUCGCCGCAAAUGCUACAUUGUUAGCAAUUUUCUGUAUCAUCACGCUGGCACAAUUGAUACAAGGUUUCAGAUACCAGACGUGGGGAUUUAUGGCUACAUUUAUACUGGGAAGUUUGUGCGAAGUGAUUGGGUAUGCUGGGAGGAUUAUCAUGGCAUCUAAUCCAUGGAGUCAUGUUGGGUUAGAUAUCUACCAUCUUGAUCCGUAAGAGUGACACUAAUAAUCAUAUAGCCUCACACUUCAAAAUCUCUGCCUCACAAUCGGACCCCUGUUUUUUCUUAAUGGGAUUUUCCUCUGCUACACGAAUAUAAUCGAAACAUAUAGUUACACUCUCUCCCGCAUAAACCCCACCACCUACCCUCUAAUCGCCACCUCAGCAACACUCCUCCCCUUCACCCUCCUCACAUCCGGUUCUCUUCUCCAAAGCACAUCUGCCAUCGGCUUUACCCCAUCUUCCUAUCUGCCCACGGGCUCUCAUCUCGUCAUCGCAGGUUUAUGUUUCCAACUCCUCUCUAUGAUUUCUUUCGGUGUCUUGCAUGCGGAUUUCAAAAUCCAAGUUCGUGCUUUUCCGGAACAAAUUAAUGCGUAUGCGGAAAAGACACGCUCUUCGCGACGAUUUAUGUAUUUUUCCCUUGCGUUGCCACUCGCGUUUUUGGGGACAGGAGUUAGUGUUGUUUAUCGGCUGGUUGUCCUUGGCCAAGGGUGGGGAAUGCGAUUUAUGAAGAAUGAGAUUGGGUUUGUUUGUUUGGAGGGCAUGUAAGUUUCUUCCUUCAGUCGCUUUUGUUUUAUCAGGACUGUUGAUGCUGAUUUGGUUGUAGAACUGUGGCGGUUGCGGGAUAUGCUUUGUCGCUUGUGCAUCCGGGAUAUGUGUUUAGACCGUUGGAGUAUAUUAGUAAUAAGAGUGCAGAGAUGAUGGCUGAUGAGAAGUUGGAAGAGGCUUGGAAUUGAUCGGGAUGGAGUUAGAGUCGUACAUUUUGUGGUGAAUUGAGAGGCUCAUUUACUAGGAUUUUGGUAAAGUUAUGUCUUUUGAAAGGAUGUGACGAUAAUUAUAGAUAGAAAUGGCGUUAUGGAACUGCUGCUUUCGUCGCUCGUUAUUAAGGCUUAAGCACAUUACUUGAUUAAAUGGAUGUAAGGCGUUAAUAAACGGAAAUCUGUAAUUAAUACUCACUAGUUUGAAGGCCACAAAACUAUACCUAUGUAAGUAAGGAGGUUGGUAUUUCAGUAGGCUUAGGGGGGAAGGGAGUACAUAAGUGAAUGGUCUUCAGACGAGAACUGAAUGUCCAAACACCAUUGUGUUAUCAGACGAUAUAUUGAUACAGAUAUAUGGACUAAUACUUAUUGAAGAGGUUAAAAAGAAAAUAUGAUGACUUCUUUUCCU